AUAAACCCUACAUUCAUUCGAUAUUUCAAUUUAGGAUCACUAGCACCUUCUUUCAUCUUCCCGAUUUGAAUUUCAGGAUCAUUGUAUGGGCGGAGGUUUUAAUAUUGUUGCGUAAUGGAUAAUUUGCUGGGUCUUCUUAGAAUUAGGAUUAAAAGAGGUAUAGAUCUAGCGAUACGUGAUUUCAAAUCCAGCGAUCCUUAUGUCGUAGUCGCAAUGGGCGACCAGACACUGAAAACCCGUAUUAUUGAUAAAGAGCUUAACCCAGUGUGGGAAGAAGAUUUGACUCUUCCUGUUGAAAAUCCAGAACUUCCAAUUAAGUUGAUGGUGUUUGACCAUGACAUAUUUACUAAAGAUGACGAGAUGGGAGAUGCCCAAUUUAGCAUCAAACCAUUUUACAAUGUAGUAAAAUCCAUAGACACUGUCCCAAAUGGGACCGUCCUCAAAACGAUAAAACCUGAUAGGAAUAAUUGUUUGUCCGAAGAAAGUUGUGUAACUUUUAAAGAUGGAAAGGUCGUUCAAGGUAUGACUCUUAGAUUGCAAAACGUUGAAUGUGGUGAAGUUGAACUCGAAUUGCACUGGAUUGAGCUUCCCAAAUAGGGUUUGGGAUGAUGGAGCUAGAGAAAGAAUGAAAUUGAAUGGUUCGUGGAAUACGAAUGAUAUAAAAAAAAGUAAAAAUUUGUUUGUUUGAUCUGAUGGAAUGGAUUUGAUUAUUUUUAUUCUUUAUGCGAGGGUGUUGUUAUUCAUUAUGUCUUUG